UAAAUUUUAAUCACUUCUUAUCAUUUAUAAAAUUAAUAAAUCGUCUACGGUAUCAGAUCUACGUACGGUUAGAACAUCUGCCAUUGAAAAUUUUACCGGAGUGCUGCAAUUUAGUGCUUAAUUUAAAAAUCGUUUUAAAAAUACAUUAUCAAAGAAGUUCGCUUCGUUAGAAUUUGAUUAAAACUCAAAAAUAAAAGUUAUAAUCAGGAUGUCGGAUGCUCCAAAGAAAGGUCGUGGCCGUCCUGCAAAGCAAACAGUUGAAGCUGUCGUCGAAAAAGUUGAAAAAUCUCCAAAGAAAAGUGAAAAGCCAGUGAAAGAAGUUGCAUCGCCGAAGGAAGAGGUAGCUAAAGAGGAGAAUGGAGGAGCAAAGAAGGGACGUGGACGGCCACCAAAGAAUGCUGCUGCUGCUGGAGCUAAGAAAGCAUCUCCACCGAAACGAGCUGCAGCUACAGGGUCUGGAAGAGGCCGUGGACGACCACCAAAGGCUGCAAAGAAACAAGAAAGCGCUGAAGAAUCUGCUGAAGCUGAUUCUGAUUAAAUAUAUAUUCACUUACUUCAAAGGACUUUUUUUACAUCUAAUUCAAUCCACGCAAACAUCCUUGUGAACAACAAUAAACUUUCCUUUCUAAAAUAUAGUUUACAACAAAAUCAUAAUUAUCAGAGAAAAAAAGCCAUUUUUAAUAAGAAACUAAGUAUAUUUCCACAGAUGUUAGAUUUAAGUAAAGCAAAAAGCUAUUUUCCAAUUGAAAAUUAACAAACCAAUGUAUGCAAAAGGAUCAAGAAAAAAAAUGAAUAGUUUGAGAAAUUUCAUUUGGAGAUCGAUGUUCUGACUUACAGAUCAUCAAAGUACAUUUGCAUAGAAAAAAAAUAUAAAACUUUCAUUUAUCCUUGCAUUUAAUUAACAUUAGAUAAAAGAUUAAUAAUAGAAGUGAAUGUAAUCGAAUAGAAAAAGAAAAUGCAAAAUAGUCUUGAAAUUGAUUUUUAGAACUCGAUGAUCUGUCGUCGAUCUCCAAGAGUUAGACAGAUGGCGAAAUGUUAAGAAUAAAUGUAUCAGGUUUUUUUUUCUUUAUUAAAUAUUUCUUCUUAUUAGAUAUUUUAAGUUUUCUAAUCAUUAUAUAUUUCGGAUGUUAAUUCUUACUUUGCUUCAUUAUCAAGUUCAUUAUCAAUUGUUUUUCCUUUUAUCUCUUCUUUUUUAUUUAAUAGUUCUUUUUUAUUUCAUGAUAACGUAAUUUCUUUUAUUUCAUCUUCUUAUCACUCUUAACAUGAGAUAGAUUAAUCGACGAAAUGAAAUUAACAGUUUAGUGUGGUUUUUUUCUAAAUACACAAAAUUAAGUAAAAUAAAUUGCGUAAUACAAAAGAAGUUUGUAGAUGGAAUUUUAAAACAAAAAAAGAGAAAUAAAUGUGUUUUUGAUAAAAAAGAAU